AUGACGGAGGCUCCAACUGCUGUGCAGCCCCAGACGGCCGCGAAUACCAAAUUUUAUAUGAAGAAUGCUAUCUUUUCUAUGGUCUCAUUGUAUUUAGCUCACCAGUUUGCUAGUUAUCUUUCGAAUCGUGAGGAACCUAUCGUUUGUGAUCGACACGUCAAUGACCAGACAUGGUUUAGCGAGAGACGCUACGAGUCCCUACGCUUCUUUGACCCUUCAAAAACUCAUCAUGAAACGCAAUAUGUGUCUAUGCGCGACAGUGUCGACUUGGCAGUCGAUUUUUAUCUGGCUGAUCAUCUUUGGGACAAGCAGGAAAAGGUGCCCACUGUGCUCUUUCCCACUCGUCAUGGCCGUGGCUAUACCUUAAACUUUCCUUUUAACAUUUUCACUCGUUACAAGCGCAAGUUUACGAAUCCUCGGGUCAAUGCGUACGUGCAGCGCUUUGUGACCAAUGGAUAUGCGUGGGUAUCCGUAGACAUACGAGGCACUGGCGCUUCCGCGGGCUCUAAAGUGUUUGAUUUCGCUGAUGCUGAAGUGCAAGAUGGCUAUGAUAUGAUUGAAUGGAUCAUAAGACAAUCAUGGAGCAAUGGUGAAGUUGCAGUUUUUGGCCAAGGUCUAGAUGGCGUAGGCGCUCUUCUCGUAGCGGCCAGUGGCCAUCCAGCUUUAAAAGCGGUCUCGGUGAACAGUGCUCCUAUUGAUGUUUUCCAAGCUGCUCUGUUUCCGGGAGGUGUAAAAAAUUUGAAGGCAUUAAACGACUGGGCUUCAUUCACGGGCGCCACGGAUCGUCAAAUUCGUUGGGACCAUAUUCCAACUUUUAAAGCACGACUAAUGCUAAAACAUUUCGGAGGUGAAGUGUAUCGCGUGGAUGACAAUGAUUCGAAGUUCAAUCAAUAUAUACACCAGCAUAUGACCAAUCCGGAUCUUUCGAGAGAAUUGCAGCAUGUGCGAUUUCGAAAUGAUAAAUUCGCAUCAAUCAAUGUUACCAUGGAACAAAUGGACGCAACUCGUCACCUCGCCACCAUUGCUGCUUCGGGUGUUGCAAUACAGACGUCUGCUGGUUUCUUUGACAUGGGUGUGGCUCGCUCCAGCAUUUUGCUCUUCCAGUACCUGACGAAUACUCUGGAUGCUGGCACAGCUUCACUAUUGCCUGAACUACCAAAGGAGGCAGUGAGAAAAAUUCAGAAGGACGCUACUUAUCAUCGACUCACGCUUGGACCGUGGAGUCAUGCUGGUGUAGAUAACGCCGAUCCGUUUGCUCAAUCAAAACAAAAGUGUUUUUACCAUUUGGACGAAGUUAGCCGAUUCUUUGAUUAUCACAUGUAUGCCAACCGUCGCAAGAUCACGAAGAUUGACGAGGAAUUACCUGUGCACUACUUCACGAUGGCGCACAACCGAUGGAAAGAGUCAAAGUCGUGGCCACCGGCGUAUUUGCGGAACGAGACGCUCUACCUCGGCGCUAACAAGUUGUUCAAGCCAGAAGUUGAGACAAAGAUGGGCAAGGUAAGCCAAAAUGUCACCACAAAGCCCACGCUGGACACUGUUACUCGCUGGAGUAUGCUGGACCAUCUCUUUGGCUUACGCCCAAUGUACUACCACGACCGCACAACUUUGGCUUACCAGUAUUUGACGUUAUUCACGUCUGAAUUGCCGCUUACAGAGAUCACCGGUGAGGCAGAACUUCGUCUAUUCUUUUCAGUCGAUCAACGUAAUGUGAGUCUCGUGGCCUACCUCGAGGAUGUUGACCACACGUCUCACUUUCCGAAUGAAAACAAACGUCCAGGCGUUACGUACAUGACGGAGGCUUUGGUGAAUCCGUUGCACAAGACAAUUCACCCAGACUCAAGUGUUUAUUCCUAUAAGCGUGCCGAUUCACGUGAGAUUGUACCUGGCCAAGUGUACGAAGCUGUUUUUCGCUUUGAGCCCACAUCUUAUGUGGUCAAGCGGGAUCACCAGAUCCGUGUAUCUGUGGGAGUCGCUACUCCACCCGACUUUGCUUCACACGGCGUGAAGGAAGCCACGAAGCUCACGAUUUACUCUGGAGUUAAAUAUCCGACAAAACUCAUUUUGCCGUCGUAUACAGGUCUUUACGAUGCCAACGUUGUACCACGCACUGAAGAACUGGAUGACUUAAAUAUGAUAGUAACACCGGAUACUGUGGAUACAGAGAACUAUUUCGACGAAGCUGCUGAUACAAAUGUCGAAUUGUAG